UGAGUUAGUAAACUUCAACAGAAAACAAUGGUCGUUCAACAUGUUGAAGGGGACAUUUUUAAUAUUGUGUGCUUUAGCAGGAAUAUGCCGGGCAAGCUGGAAAAUUGGUGUGCUUUUUCAAACCGAUGAUUGGACAAACUUUAGCAUAACAGACAGUUAUGACUUACCUGGAACCUGUGAUCUAGAGUACACACGUUAUAACUUGAAUGGCUCAGACCCUGUCAUUGUGGGACAAACGGUUUACAAUAUAUCAGCAGAAGAUAUCCUUGGACUGAUAGCCUUUACCUCCUACUCCCUGACUCCAGUGGUGAGAGAAGUAGCAAACGUUCUAAACACCCCCCUGAUUAAUGUUGUCCAAGGUCAUUGUCCAAAGAUCAAUGAGGGUAUCCUGUUAUCCGCAAUUCCAAAUUGUCAUAUUCAAAAUUCGUUAUUUACCGACAUAGCACUGUACAUGAGGUGGCGGCGAGUUAAUAUCAUUUACGACUUCACUGGUGAAGUUUGCAUUCAAGACUUCGUCAAUCGCUUUAGUGUGCACAAUAUUUCAAGUAAAGCUGUUUUCUUGCGUGAUGGAAUUGAAAUAAAUCUUUCUCUUGUCACUGGUCAACGUUGGUUAAAGGAGGUCAUAUACGUAACCACAGACAAACAUACGGCGUUAGAGAUCGUCUCUGAGGCGAUGACAUUGGGGAUGUUCAAUAACAGCUAUUUCUGGGUUUUGAACCUGGAUCUUCAUGAUCUGUGGGACCGUGCUCUGUACAAACCGGUACAUAAUGGUUAUGUCCUAGUGGUGACCACUCAUCGUAAACACAAUCGAACGCAGAUAAUAGAUAACUUACUUUAUGAGGCUCUAUUAAUUUUUCAUCGUGGGUUAAAUUUGACCAAAGAAACCUGCCAUUCAAACGAGUCAGCAUCACUGGCCAGCGCCCUGUUGCAGUACCUGAAUUCAGUAGACUCUGUUAAUUCGUCAUUGUCAAAGGAUGGCCACUUUCGUGGAACUUCCGAACUCCGUGUCUACAGUACAGUCAGAAACUCAAGAACGCCAUUGCAAGAAGUUGGUGUAUAUACUCCAGGCAACGGUUUGCUUGUCUCUGACAAAAGUCUGUACAGAAACGUGUUUAAAGGCUUUGAUAACCGGACGCUAAGGGUUGUCUCUGUAGUGGGUGAACCAUUUCAAAUGAGAGUAGAGGAAGGCAAUGGAAGUUUUCACUUCUAUGGGUUCACCUACGACCUUCUGGACGAGUUUUCAAAAGAAUUCAAUUUUCGGUACCAGUUUCUAGACUCCGUGGAUGGUCUUUAUGGUAACCCAACAGAAGAUGGUAAGAAUGCUACAGGAAUGGUUGGAAUGGUCAUGAGGGGCGAAGCUGACAUAGCAGUGGGUGGAAUCACAAUAACAGUUGAAAGAAAAGCCGUCGUUGACUUCCUCUAUCCUUACCAGGAGGAGGGAAUCGGAAUAAUAAUGAGAAAAGUUGAUGAUGAAGCAGGAAAAAUGUUCCGAGUGUUUAGUCCUCUUGGAUCUUAUUCUUGGCUUGCUUCUGGAGUGGCAGUACUUGUAGCUGGGGUUGUACUGUCUCUCAUUGCAAAGCUUAGUCCAUUCGAUGAGAUAAAGGAGAGUGUUCUGAGAAGCUUCUGGUUGGCAUUUUCCACGUUUCUUCAUCAAGGUGAAGAAAACACGCCAAAGUCUGCCUCCGGUAGAAUUGUUCUUGGAAUCUGGUGGAUAUUUACAAUUAUAGUGAUGUCUCUAUACACAGCUAACCUGGCCGCUUUCCUCACAGUAUCCCUGGCCAAGGCACCAGUAAAAAACUUAGAACAACUCUCAUCACAAACAGUGUACAAGCCGUUAGUCAAAGACGGGACAAAUCUUUAUGCAUUAUUUCAGAAUGCUGAAGGAGGACUGUACAAGAAAAUAUGGGAUAUGAUGGCUGAUAUGCCGAAAAUAACAGAAUCAGAAGAGGGGUACAAGAUGAUACUCAAAGGAAAAUAUGCUUAUCUAACAGACGAGUCCGAAGUCAAGUAUAAAGCCAUGUUAGAUUGUAAACAUCUAGAAGUGGCCAAAGAGACAUUCCAUAAAGCAGAGUUAUCGUUCGUUAUCAGGAAGGAUGCAGAAUUCAAGGAAGCUUUUAAUAAUCACAUGCUUAAAAUGGUUGAAGGUGGAAUAGUGGAUAAAUACAGGUCCAAGUGGUGGCCAAAGUAUAAAUGUGAUAUCUCCUCUCCUGCCACAGAACUGACGUUUGAAAGUACAAGCGGAAUAUUUAUAGUGUAUAGUGGAUUUAUUUUGAUUUCAGUCACAUGCUGUCUCAUAGAACUUCUGCUGAUUCAAGGCAGAAAACACACGCGGAACAAAGUGCAGUCACCGCAAGAUGUCAAGGAAAUAGCACUUGUUAUGGUUGAUUGUUAAUAAAACUUCAUGAGAUUUGGAAAAUUGUUCUUGUGUUGGAUAAGCUUUCUGUUUGACUUGCAUCGAAAAUAUUUGUUCAGCAUGCAUUGUAACUCCGAGUUUUAUCAAACUUUGAAUGAUAUU